AUGGCUUCUAUCUCUGCUGUUCAUAAGACCACCUCGGUCUCCAUUGCCCCUCCCGCCUCUGCAGAUGCCUUCGCUGCCUACUCUCAGGACAUUUCGCGUGCCAUCAUGACUGCGACCCACACUAAACCAUCCAAGCUCCACCAGAGCUCCAUCGACGGCAUGCCCCCGGCUCCUCCACCUUCGCCUGUAUCUUUCGCCAUCGACAGUAAUCGGAAGGCCUCCCAGCAUGAGAAGAUCCCCAGCUUGAGCCUUGAGUAG